AAGUUAUUGUCUCUCAAAAGUAGGAGUCGACUCUGAGUCAAUAAUGAAUCGAUUUUCCAACGAGUUAUUUUCCUUUUCGUUGUGACGUCAAGACGAAAAAUUAUCAAAUUGUCCGCGCCCACUCAUUGCGCGCGCAGACACCAGGGAAAACUUAAAAACAUCUUGUCGACAACAAGACGCUGUGUUCUGAAGUGCAUAUCAAAAGCGACCUUUUUUUCACUGCCCAGGGACGAGCAUGUGAAGAAUCAGUGGCUAGAGUUUAUAUUUACAAGUAUACCACACAAGUAUAGCCCGAACCUUGUGCUGUGUUCGCGUCAUUUUAAUGAGGAUUGCUUUACGAACAUGAAUGCUUUCCAGUGUGGAUUCGCGAGCCGGUUGAUACUGAAGGAAGGUUCAGUACCAAGUUUAUUUGGAUCAGCUUCCUCCUCCGAAUCACAACCUGUAAGUAUUAUUAAUAAUUGUUGCUUUUAUGUGUUUUUUAGCAUGCUUAAUAAGUAUUUGUGUGUGUUGUGUAAGUUACGCUCAGCGCAGCUUCUAGGUCUCCAAUGUCAAUUUUUUUGAAAUAUGUGAAAUGUUUGUCGAUGUUAUUGGAGUUGUCGUAAAGAAUAGAGCAAUAACUUGUAGUAAUGCAGUGCUUUACCAAUAUGUUUAUGCGUUGGGCUAACGCAUAAACAUAUGCCACCGUUUACCACCGAACUUUGGGCUAUGAUCGCUAACAUAAAUCAACUCAAAUUCCUUCUCUGAUUUUGAUUUUUUUACUACAAAGCGGUGAUGGGCGUUCCGUUUCCGACAAUCUCUGCACAGAGUAUACCAAUCACAACUGACUGGGUCAUCUGACCAAUCACCGCAGAUUAGCGUCACGCAAAGGAGGGGUUUGGAGGGGUCUCUGUGCAGUCAGCACUUCUAUGAGUUGCUCGAAUGUCCCAAUCUAAGGGUGAGAGAUUGAAACUGCACCCGGCUGAUGCACACUCUGUCACGUGGACGCUUGUCCCUCGAGCAUGCAUGCUUAAUGCUGCUAAAUUAUAAUGUAUUGCGACUUAUUGAAUCAUAAUAUCAAUAAGUCUUAUCAUGAAGAAAAUUGGCAAUACGCAGCUUUAUUAAUACGAGAGAUUUUGUUUUUCAGUGAGUUAAAGAUGUGUUGAAGUGAACAGAAAGAGGGGAUCUGACGAACUCUUUUCCUCCUGCAUAUCUAACGGACCAUAUAUAAUGAGCUCAGGAGCAGGAAAUGGUAAUGACAGUAGUAAGAAGUUCAAAGUAGACAUUAGGAGCCCAGGCAUUCCGUCACGAGUCAUUCAUGUACGCAAGCUUCCCAAUGACAGUAAUGAAGCAGAAGUCAUUUCUUUGGGGCUUCCCUUUGGCAAAGUGACCAACCUUCUGAUGUUGAAAGGAAAGAAUCAGGCAUUUCUGGAGAUGGACACUGAGGAGUCAGCACAAACCAUGGUCAGCUACUACUCUUCUGUCACCCCUGUCAUUCGGAACAACCCAAUCUUCAUGCAGUAUUCCAAUCACAAGGAGCUGAAGAUCGACAAUUCACCCAACCAAGUUAGAGUGCAGGCAGCACUGCAGGCGGUGAAUGCGGUUCAGACUGGAGGCUUGUCUUUGAGCAGUGUUGAUGUAGGUGGCAUGGGGAGCCAGAGCCCUGUACUAAGAGUUAUUGUUGAAAACCUUUUCUAUCCAGUUACUCUUGAUGUCCUCCAUCAGAUCUUUUCCAAGUUUGGCACAGUUUUAAAGAUCAUAACCUUUACCAAAAACAACCAGUUUCAAGCGCUGGUCCAGUACGCAGAUGAAAUGACUGCUCGGCAUGCGAAGCUGUCUUUAGAUGGACAGAACAUCUACAAUGCGUGCUGUGCCCUUCGCAUCAGCUUCUCAAAGCUCACCAGUCUGAAUGUUAAGUACAACAAUGAUAAGAGCAGAGACUACACUUGCCCUGACCUACCUACAGGAGACAGUCAGCCCUCCCUCAACCAACAGAUGAUGGCUGCAGCUGCCUUGACUGCUCCUGGUAUAAUAUCUGCAUCACCAUAUGCUGGAGCGCAUGGUUUUCCACCAAGAUUUACCAUUCAGCAGGCAGCAGGUCUGUCUCUGCCUGGUAUGCCUGCCGGGGCUCUUGCUUCACUUGGGAUCUCUGGCACUGUGGCAGCUGCCGCUGCUGCUGGACGGUUGAGUCUCUCGGGUCUUACUGCUGGAGGGCACAGUGUCCUGCUGGUCAGCAACCUUAACCCUGAGAACGUUACGCCCCAAUGCCUCUUUAUUCUUUUCGGUGUGUAUGGUGACGUCAUGAGAGUGAAGAUUAUGUUCAACAAGAAAGAGAAUGCUUUGGUGCAGAUGUCUGAUGGAACCCAAGCCCAACUAGCUAUGAGUCACUUGAGUGGGCAGAAUCUGUAUGGUAAGGGUUUGCGGGUGAAUAUGUCCAAACACACCAUGGUGCAGCUGCCACGUGAAGGCCAAGAGGAUCAGGGGCUCACCAAGGACUACAGUAACUCUCCUCUUCACCGCUUCAAAAAGCCAGGUUCCAAGAACUACUCCAAUAUCUUCCCUCCUUCCUCCACCCUUCACCUCUCCAACAUCCCACCUUCUGUCACUGAGGAGGAUCUCCGAGGACUGUUUACAAGUGCAGGAGCUGUGGUGAAGGCCUUCAAGUUUUUCCAGAAAGACUGUAAGAUGGCUCUCAUACAGUUGGGCUCUGUGGAGGAAGCAAUCGAGUCGCUGAUCAAAUUUCACAAUCACAACCUGGGAGAGAACCAUCACCUCAGAGUGUCCUUCUCAAAGUCCACCAUCUGAUGGAGUGAUGUGUUCAGAAGCCAAUAUGAUUUAGUGCAGGAGAGAUGACUGUCACUUUAGACCAAACUUUAAGCCUUCCACAAUUUUUAUGUUUUAUAUCACUGUGGACAUGUUUUCCACAUCACACACUUCAUAAUUCCUUUAUUAUAACUAUAUUUUCUUUUUGUUUAUUUGUAUUUCCACUUUGUACCAGUAGACCAUAGGGAUAUUUUAACCCAAUGUGUUGUUUGGGUUUAAUAGUACCUUUCUCAAACGGUUUUUCACAUAGUCCUGAUUUCAGUGGCACACAUUGAUUUGGGAUCAUAGAUGCUGCAUAGUAGUUUAUACUUGUGCCUAUGCGGAAACCCGCACACCUUCAAGGUUGCACAUACAAAGCAUUUCUUCAUUUGUUGAACCUAUCAUUAACCUUCCCAAGCCAACUCUCCUUUGUGUCUUUCAGAAAAAAACAAUUGUGCCUUACAUAUUGCUUAAGCAUAUAUCUUCACAGUGGCCUUGGUAAUAUCUAGGUGGUGUUUGCUCCAAUGCAGGUGCCAGUGACCACAAAAUUGAAAAAUGUUCCCAAAUGGCCUUUGUUUAAAUUGACUAAUAGGAGCCCAGUAAAAUGCACAAAUGUAAAUUGAAGCAAUUAGCAGUUCGGUUCUUUACAGGCUUUGGUUUUGUACUAUCACAGCAUAUUUAUUUUUUAGCAUUUUGUUAAUUUAUAUAUGUUGUUCUACUCAUACCAUAUGUAAUAAAUAAAUAAAUAAUAAUAAUAAAUAAAUCUAUAUAACUAUAGUUUCCUUCCAUGCAAAAUAUAUUUUUAAAGAAUCAUACAUAAUAUUUCUAUACUCCGAUCACAUCUAUUUGGGCAUUGGCCCACCACGUUCUCUGUGCUUAGACCACCAUAUUGUCCUUUUAUUUACGGAUAUGCAUUGUAAUUUCCCAAUUUCCCUGCUUGUUAUGGGUUUUGUCAAUUUAAUGUGAAAUCAAUCCGCAAUCUAAUUCACAGCCUUUGAUUUUGCAUAAUUUUUGGUCAACUUAAUUUAGUUGAUUUAUAAAUCUCAGAGCUCAAGUUUCUAUUGCCAUUUUCACCCUCCGUUGCCACGUCAAACAAUUAAAAAUUAGCAUGACUUGAGUCUUAAGCUCCUGUGUAUUAACCGAGACUCCUGUGACAAGACUUUGUUUUGGCAUGUCUAUGUAAUGUGUUGGGAAAAACAUUUAAGGCAAUGUAAAUUUAUUUUAAAUUUUUUUUAUGCAUCAGUUUCAUCUUUUUUUUGUGGUGUGAACAUGAGUUCUGAUUCUCAGACAUUCCCUUGAACCUUUUAAGAUGUUCUUGUGCAUAGAAAAAUGCCCUGUUUGUUUGAGUCUUUGCAAUUUAGCAGAAUACUGGCAUUCCUGACAGGAGUUAAGUUUGUGUUUGGCUUUUAUUUUUGUUUUUCCUGAUGAGUAGAAUGAUGGCCCAAAGCAUCUUCCCUGUUCUGCAAGCCAGUUGUGGCUUUUUCUUAUUGAAGUUGAUCUUACUGUUCAGCAAUGUUGUUUUCUUUAUCAGGAGCCUUGGUUUAGUUGGCAGGAUUCAAAGUUUAAAGGACCUUUUGUCCAUGUUGCCUUAUUUGAUUACGCAAAAAGAGCAAAUUAACACCUUACGAACACAAUAUUACAAGCAAAACAAAAUGUAGGGGUUUUUUUUUUUUUUGCCUUUUGUCUAAAAUGUAUCAAAAUAUAUCUGUCAUCAGAGAACAGAUCCAAAUGAAAGUCUUAAAAUGGAAAAAUCCUUUUUGUGACAUUAGUUAUAAUGCCUUGUUUUUCCUUGUAUGUAAUGUUGAGAAACAGACUGGGUGAAGGAUUCUGUAUAUAAUUUUUUUGUUUUUAUUUGUGUAUAUGUAAGUAAAAAUCAACCUCAGUUCUGUCUUAAACAUGUAUAUUUUUAUAGAUAUAACAGAAAUUAAGUUCAUUGUAGAGCCUUUUUUUUAUUACACAAUAUAUUAAAGAGAUUCCUACACAUUGUGUCUGUACAUGUAUUGCCCCUUGAAAGCAUAACCUUUCUUUUUGAUAGCUCCUCAUACUUUUCUGCCUUAAAUCUUUCAGUUUCUCUUUCAACUUUUGUCUUUUAAUUUCUUAAAUUUGAUUAAACAUCUUUACAUUCAUCAUGUUCCAUAUCUGUUGCCUUUUUCAUAUGUUUAACCAUUUCUCUUUUCAAACUUUCCAAUGACUCAUGGUUUGAUAACUUCCUUCUCACCAUUUGUUAGUAUUCAGAAUCGCAACUGGCCUCAAUCUGUUUUACACAAAUCAAAUGAAUUGGCUUUAACACUGAAUGAAGACAUUUGAUCAAG